CUGGGCUAAUCCAGGACUUAAACUCCACUACUGUUUUAAGGGGGAGGGGAAGAGCUGUCAGAUCCCCACUGGCUCAGCAGUCUGAAGGCACGUCUGCCGAGGGACGCUGAGGCUGAGGAAUGGUGCAGGAUGGACCAAGGAGCAGCAGGGGGAGGUUUGGACUGUAAGCUCCUUGGGGCAAGGACUGGCUGGCUCUGUCCUCUGUGCAGAGCUGAGCAUGUGGUCAGCACUUGGCAAAUAAAGGAGAAGACAGGCAGGGGCAAAGUCCUGCCAGUGCACAGAGAGGCUGGGGAAUGGGGAUACUCUCCCUAGAGAAGCGGUGACAGCCCCAUCCAUUGGGACGUUAGCAGUAGAGCAGAACCGACAAAGUAUUGGAACAUGGCCCUGCAGACGGACUCCACAGUGCAAUGGCGCCAGGAGAUCACAUCCUGGGGCCUUGCCACCUCCAGUUUCUGUGCUGCUCUCACCCGCCUGUGCCAAGGGCCCUCUGGCAUCUCCCACCAGCUGGCCUGGACCAGGGUUGAGGAACGCUGCGGUUCCCCAGGAGAGAGAGGGAGAUGGAUUUAGAAGCUGUCAAGAUUCUGCUCGAACCAGGAGGUGGGGCCCAGCUCAGCGAGGGAAACGAGUCCUGCAACACCACAAACGAUGGCCCCAUAAAUCAAGCAGCAGCCACCAGUUUAACACAGCCUUUAAUUUCAAGGCUACAUUCACCAGGGGAAUGACUGAGAGCCUUUAUAUAGAAACUCCACUGAGCCUGUGCUCAUGGAUCCCUCCGCUAGAAAUACAAGUUGGACCCGUCCUGCAUUCUCAGCCUGCACUGCCUGGGCAACGGGACUGCAGAGAAUCGGGGAUUUGCUGCAAUGGUUAAAAUUCUUCCAGGCUCCAUGGCGCCAUUGAACUGCAAGACCUGCUGAGAUCCAACAGCUCCCGCCUGUUGCUGGGUUCAGGGGACGGGCUGGCCUUCCAGUCCUUCCUGGUGGAUGAGACCAGGGCGUGGCUGAUGGUGGGAGCCAAAAACCACAUCUUCCUGCUGCAUCUGGACAGGCCAAAUGAGGAGCCUCAGAAGGUUUUCUGGCCAGCCCGCAAGGAGCAGGUGGAGCGCUGCCGGCUCGCUGGGAAGAACGCAGAGACAGAAUGUGCCAAUUUCAUCCGGCUUCUCCAGCCGUUCAACAGGAGCCACGUGUUUGCCUGUGGGACUGGCUCCUACCAGCCCAUCUGCGCCUUUGUCCAGCUCGGAGCCAGGGCACAGGAGCCGGGGGGCUCCCCUAUACAGCUGGUGGCCAACUCCAUGGAAUCUGGGAGAGGCAAGUGUCCAUUCAGCCCCCACGAACCUUUCACUGGGCUACUCAUAGACGGGGAGCUGUACUCGGGCACCUCCAGCGACUUCAUGGGCAGCAGCGCCGCCUUCUUCCGGACCCGAGUUCACAAGGCUGCCCAGAACUACAUCCGGACAGAACAGAACCAAGAUCACUGGCUAAACGAGCCCGUGUUCAUUGGUGCCUACGUAAUUCCCGACACCCACAAUGCCCACGACGACAAGGUGUACGUCUUCCUCCGAGAGAGAGCCCUGGAAGCCGGCCAGUGGGAGAGGCGGCGCAUCCAUGCCCGGGUGGCACGCGUCUGCAAGAAUGACGUCGGUGGGAAACGCAGCCUGAUCAAUCGCUGGAGCACGUUCCUCAAGGCCCGGCUGGUCUGCUCCAUCCCAGGCCCCCAGGCCAGUGAGACACACUUUGACCAGCUCGAGGACGUCUUCCUCCUCCGCACCCGGGACCCACAGAGCCCUCUCGUCUUCGGCCUUUUCACAGUCUCCAGCGGGAUCUUCAGCGGCUCUGCCGUGUGUGUCUACUCCAUGGCUGACAUGAGAGCUGCUUUCAGUGGGCCCUUUGCACACAAGGAAGGAGCUGACUACCGCUGGGUGGAGUACAAGGGCCGGAUCCCCUAUCCCCGCCCAGGGACGUGCCCCAGUGAAACAUACGACCCUCUUCUCCACUCCACCAAGGACUUCCCUGAUGACCUGAUAAGCUUCAUGCGCAACCACCAGCUGAUGUGGGGCCCCGUGUAUCCCCUUGGCCGGAAGCCCAUCCUGGUGAGGGCCAAUGUGCCCUAUCAGCUCCGGCAGCUGCUGGUGGACCGGGUGGAGACAGAGUCUGGGCACUACGAUGUUCUCUUCCUUGGAACAGAUGAAGGCAAAGUGCUGAAGGUGGGGCUCACCAGCGGGAGAGGCCAGGACAGCGAGGAGAUCAGCCUGGAGGAAAUCAGGGUCUCUAAGGUGCCAUCUCCCAUCCUGGACAUGCAGUUCUCACCAAAGCGGCAGGAGCUGUUUGUGAGCAGCACCCAUGGGCUGGUCCAGCUCUCCCUGUACCGCUGCGAGCUCUACGGCAAGGACUGCGCUGACUGCUGCCUGGCCAGAGACCCCUACUGCACCUGGGACGUCAAUGGCUGCAGCCCCUACCGGCUGACUGAGAAGAGGCGAGCACGCUGCCAGGAUGCGCUGAAGGCCGACCCGGUCAGUCAGUGCCAGGACACCACAGCAGGGGUCAUUGCAGCUGAGGAGAAACUGGUAUUUGGGGUGGAGAACAACGCUACCUUCCUCGAGUGCCUGGCGCGCUCUCCCCAGACGGCCAUUCGGUGGCUCGUGCAGCGCAGCAGGGAGGUAGCCCUGGAUGAGGUGAGGACCGGUGACCGCUUCUCUAUCCUGGAGCAAGGACUCCUGAUCCGCCAGCUGGCGAGAGAGGAUGCUGGGGUUUAUCAGUGCCAGGCAGUGGAGCAUUCCUUCUCCCGCCCCCUCAUGCACUACAGCCUUCGUGUCAUUGGCCACGAGGCCAUGGGAGCCAAAUGGAGCAAGGGUGCCGAGGAGGGAGGCAGCCACUUGAGCGCCAUGCCCAUGCAGCUCCAGUACAAGGGCUACCCGCGGAACCUGGGGGCACCGGGUACCAGCCUGGACGAGUACUGCAAUGCGCUCCGGCACCAGGACAGGCAGCGGCAAAAGGCCUGGAACCCGAAGUGGCAGCAGCAUUCCUUGGAGAGCAAGAAAGGCCGAGUGCGGAGGCAUCCCGACCCCCUGAAGCCAGCCAGAGCUCGGCUGAGACUAGUCUGAUCUCUGCACAGUGCCCCUUGGGGGGUGGGGGUGGGGGUCACUGAACCAGUCUCCAUUAGCCAGCCAUGUCUCCAGAGCCCUUCUGAAUGCACAGCCCUGUACACAGGUGCCAGCUCAGCCGCUGCCAAACUCUGCCUGCUGAGAGGCCCACGGAUUCGCCAUGUACUACCUCAGCCGACACUGCCCUUUGCCAUCUCCUGGAGCCUCGGGAGGGCCAGCGGACAGUACAGAUGCACUCAGACACCCCCAGACCCAUGGGGCUGCUAAGUCCAGGAGGUGCUAGAACAGGGACUUUGCAGCUAUGGCAUGGAGCAAACAGUCUGGUUAUUAGGCCGGCUGAGACAGACUGACGUGAUGCAAGGACUUUACAUUAUUUACAUACCGUGAAAUAUUUAUUCUCUACAUUUUUCUUCUGUCAUUUUCUUAUUACGCCUCUUAUUAUUAAUGAUAAAUACUGGAAAUUAAAUAGAAUGGAAACCCAUGUUUCUUACCAGCCUCCCUUGUUAUGGGGAAUUGAUACCCGGCCUCGGUAAUACACUUCUCCCUCUGCCCUGGUGGAGUACAGAGCACCCAGCCCCUUCAGGUAAGCAUUGCAAGUCAGUUAGGGGCAUGACACAUGAACUAGUGGAUAGGGCACAGGCUUGAGGAGGGAGGAGUUUGGAGUUCUGGUCCCAGCACUGCUACAGACUCAGUGUUUGGUGCGGAGCAAAAUGGGAACAACCAUAAUUACCUCCCUCACUGCAGUGUUUAACUAGUUAUAUUUUCCCCCUUACCAGCCACCUGGUCUUGUCGGAGAAACCCGCUGCAGUGCUGCACUGUUCUUGUGAGACCAAGGCAGCUGGAAUGAAUCUCCGUGCAGAAUGGUACCAGUGCUGGGAACUCCAAAGGCAGAUGUCAGUCUUGGGCACCAGAGAGGCAUAGCAUUAAUCAGGGAGGAGGCCCCUGCAGGGAUCCUCCAACCCCGGAGAAAACCAAAUGACAUACAUGUGGGAAUAUUCAU